CACACACACACAGAUAGAAAGCCAGAGACAUACAGAGAAAGAGUCAGAGAGAAUAAGAGACAAGCAAAAAUCAACAGAGAAGCAGGCAAAGAGACAGGUGGACACUUUUCCUUUAUGUAGAAAUUUAUGAAGUUAAAAAGUAUCAUGACUGUAUUUUCACUUAAGUAUUAUCUGUUAAAUGUAAAUUUUCAAAUUGUAAUUCUAUGUUUUUUCAAUGUGUCAUAAUCUGAAAUAUCUUAAUGUGUUUUUUUAUACAGCAAUUUUCCUUCUAUACACAACAAUACACCCAGAUCUCUCUCUCUUCCUUUCUCCCCUUUCUCUUUCCCCAUCUAUUUCUAUCUUUUCCUCAUUUUUUCUUUGUCUGAGUAAAGAGUGGUGCUAUGCCUAGAUGACUUUUUAGUAUUUAGGUAUUUGCCCUCUACUCACUACCAAAGGAAAAUUCAAGAAAUACAAUCAAGUUGAUCAUGAUUUGUUUUAAUUUCUCAAAAUUGUCUUUUAGAAUAAUGUUGGAAAACUGCUUCUUUCCUUCCUCUCUUCCUUCCUUCUUCCCUGUUUCUUUCUUUCCUCAUUCUUUCUUCCUUUCUUUCUUCCCUCUUUCCUUCCUUGUUUGUUUCUUGCAUCUUUCUCUGAGAACAUUUCUUUCUGCCAUCCCUCCCUCCUGCUUUCUUUCCUUUCCUCCCUCCCACUUUCCUUCCUCUUUUCCUUCCUUUCCUUCCUUCCUUCCCUUCAUCCUUCCCCACUUCUCUUCUGGCCUUCCUUCCUAUCUCCUUCUCUACUUUCCUCCCUUCCUUCCUUCCCUCUUUAAUCCCUCAAUAUCCCCAUCCUUUACUCUCUCUUCCCUCCCUCCUUUUUCUUUCCUUUGUGUUCCUUCCUUCCUCCUACCCUUUUUAUAUUUCUUGCAUCUGUCUCUUAAAACAUUUCUACUUUAGUCAGUGAGAAACUUGUUUUCCUUGAUUUAGUUCUAGGUAUUGUCUUCUUCAUACAGACAGGAGCUGGAAUGCUGGGAAACGUCUUUCUCCUUUGUCGUUAUACCAUCACUUUCUAUAAUGACAACAGGCUGCGGUCCAUAGACUCCAUUUUCUUCCACUUGUCUCUGGCCAGCUCCAUCAUGCUCAUUUCCAAGGGAGUCCCUCAGACAAUGAUUGGUUUGGGGAUGAAAUAUUUCCUGGAUCAUGUUGGCUGUAAUGUGAUUCAUUUCCUCCACCGAGUGGCCCGUAAUGUUUCUCUCACUAUCACUUGCUUUCUGAGUGGGUUUCAGAUUAUCACCAUCAAUCCUUUUACUUUUUCCAUUUGGUCAAAACUCAAAGCUCAAGCCUCAAAUUACAUUGCUCCCUUUUGCCUUUUUUGCUGGAUCCUACACAUUCUAAUAAAUGUCUAUAUGUUGGGAAAUAUUCAGAAGUUUACAGAAAGAAGUAACAAUACGAGGCUAUGGAAUACUGGAUUCUGUUCACAAUUUGCUCUAGCAUCAUUCAAAGUCUCUGUAUUUAUAAUUUUGUUCUCUAUUCCUGAUUUCCUUUAUUUGGGAUUUAUGGUCAUAGCCAGUGGCUAUCUGGUGCUUGUCCGGCAAAGACGCCAUGGACAAGUCCAGCAUAUUCACAGCUCCCACCAUUUGCCAAUUAGAUCUCCUGAGAUUAAAGCCACCUACACCAUUUUAGUGUUGGUGAGCACCUAUAUAUCCUUCUACUCAAUCAAUUCUGUUUUGUCAUUUUAUCUCUUUAUUUUUGAUAAAUAUUAUGGCUGGUUGAUUCCCACAUCAGCCCUCUUGGCUGCAAAUUUCUCAGCCAUCAGUCCAUUUGUGCUUAUCAGUUCUGAUUCCCAACUUCUCCAUCAUUUCUACUAUCUCUGGACAAAGAAAAGAUCCCAAGAUUCUUUUUCUGGAUGUUCCCUAGUUCAACAUUCUAUUUCUCCUCCUAAGAGGCGAUAUCAUUAAAAAGACAAUGAGAGCAGGUCAGUGCGCAGUAGGAUAAAAGAGUCACAUAUCUUAUAAAUUAGAAGAAACAUUAAAUGUAAAAAUCAUUUUCAUCAUGAGGAUCAUUAUGUCUAGAAUUUUUUUGGAUCCUUUUAUAGUGAACUUUCGUAUUUCACCUCUUUCAGAUUAUUUUGAACUCUCCUUCGGAAAUGUAUAUUAAAUAUUCUCCUCCUUUAGAAAUUAUUUUUGUCAUAGAAUUGAGAAUGUUGAGAAAACCAAUUUACACUGGUAUAGGGACAACUGAGAGAUGGCCAUCAUUUUCUUCUACAUAUGAAAUAAAGGACAUAUUCUGUUUUACCUGUAAUCUACAAAGAUUGUAGAAAACAUCUGGAGUAAAGAGAGGAGAAAGUUUUGUGAACCUUGUCCCUCAUCAGGACUGGCAUAAGAGAUAUAUUAUGUUACAAGUAGAGAUAUUUUUCUCUGAUUCCAUAUAAUUUAUAAUGUCUUAGAAGUUCUUGCUACAGUCUAUUAUAAAACAGAUCUCAAAAUAACUUAGUAGAAGCUCUCAAUUUUCACUUCAAAACCAGAUAACCUCAUCUCAAACAUUAUGAUUCUGAUAUUUUUAGUAAUAGAGCUAUAAGAUAAGAAUUAAAUUACAAACUCAUAAUUCCCUUGAAAUUUUAGAGAACUUAAGUUCUAAAAUGUCCUUUUCUAUCCUUAUCUAAACUGUGGACUUGGUGAAAACUGUGCUAAUAAUAAAUUAGAGGAAGGUUCUUAAAAAAAAAGCUGUGAGAAUCUGAAAUUGUAAAAUAAGUCAUUUUGCUUUAAGAUUGAAUGUUUACAAAAAAUAGUUAAGAAUGUCUAAAUUAUUAUUGACUCCAUUACAAUUAACCUUCUGUGAUGCAAGUUAGCAAAUUUUACAAUGAUAUUAAAAUAAUUCAAUAUUAGCUGAAAAAUCAAAAGCCAAAUAUUUUAAAAUACCGGCAAAGGUAGAACUCUGAAAUCUCUUAGUUUAUAUAUAAUCAUUUAAUCUUUUUUUCCUAAAAUUAUUCACUUUUUCUUCCAAUUAUUUAGAAGUCUAAAUUUUUUCAUUAAUUCCAUUUUUUCUUUUAAAACUCCAAUUAAUUCUAAUUUUAUUUUAUUUUUUAAAAGUUUUUUCAAAACACAUGUAAAGAUAGUUGUCAGCCUUCCCCCUUGCAAAUCCUUGUGUUCCAGUUGUUUUUUCUCCCUUCCUUCCUUGAACUUCUUCCCCAGAGGACAAGUACUCCAAUAUAUGUUAAACAUGUGCAAGUCUUUCAUAUACAUUUCCACAAUUAUCAUGUUGCACAAGUAAAGUCAGACCAAAAAGAGAGAGAGAGAGAGAGAGAGAGAGAGAGAG